GCUGAAGUUAACUGCUACCAAUGAAAAAGAAUCUCUGAGACUUCUUCUUCUUCUUCCUCCUCCUCCUCAACGACUAAUCUCAUCUCCAAUCAAUUCCACUCCUUUUAUUGAUUUACGCGCUUAUUCUUUUCCUUCUUCAAAGCUUCCUUUUUGAAAUUUCUUCACCACAGUAACCUCUCUUUCUCCUUUUUUUUUUCUUUUUUUCUUUUUUUCUGGGUAAUUGCAUCUGAUUCGAAAUUUUAUAACUAUUUUAAAAAAUUCGAUCCAACGAGUUUCCCAAUUAGGGUUUUGAUUCUUUACUCUCCUUUUCAUUCAAAGCUGAAGUCUUUAUUGGUUUCUAUGUGCUGCUGAGAGAAGCUUCACCAGCAAGUCCCCUUUCUAGGGUUUUAUAUUCUUCCCCAAAUGUUUAACCUUUGAGCUCAAGCUUCCAUCUUUGAGAUCCAAAAAGCAUGGGAUCCAAUUCCAAACCCGAGAUCCACGAACCAUCCAAAAAAAGCAACCACCUUUGCCCUCUCGACGUCUCAUCGUCCUCCUCCCGGAGAACUCUCAUCUCCUCCGAUGGCAACAAACCCAAAGCCUGGUCCUCCUCCGUCCUCCCUUCACCCUCCGCCAAGCUCAUGAAACUCGCCGAGCAGAGAGACGAAGUCUCCCGCUCCGUCAAAACCUCGAGCAUCCGGGAGCGAAUCAGCGGCGUCCUCCACCGGAAAAUCGACUGGACCUCCCUCGCCACCAUGGGGAAACAAUGGAUCCGAAACCCCAUCAACAUGGCCCUCUUCCUAUGGAUCCUCGUCGUCGCCGUCUCCGGAGCCAUCCUCUUCAUGGUCAUGACCGGUAUGCUCAACCGCGCCCUCCCCAAAAAGUCCGAGCGGGACGCGUGGUUCGAGGUCAACAACCAGAUCCUCAACGGCCUCUUCACCCUCAUGUGUCUCUACCAGCACCCCAAGCGGUUCUACCACCUCGUGCUCCUCUGCAGGUGGGGCCGCGAUGACGUGGCGAAACUCAGGAAGGUUUACUGCAAGAACGGGAGUUAUAAGCCGCACGAGUGGAUGCACGUGAUGGUCGUCGUGCUUUUGCUUCACUUGAAUUGUUUCGCUCAGUACGCGCUUUGUGGGCUUAACGUUGGGUACAGAAGAUCCCAGAGGCCUCCUAUUGGUGUCGCCGUCUGUAUCUCUGUUGCUAUUGGUGCUCCUGCUGCUGCGGCCUUGUACACUAUGCUUAGUCCCCUUGGGAAAGAUUAUGAGGAGGAUGAGGAGAAUCAGCUGCAGCGUUGUGAAGAAGGGUCUGUGAACCGGAGAGUUAGUUUAGAGAGGAGGUACUCGUUUGCUUCUAACGGGAACAGGAUGGUUCCUGUGAGUGAUCCUCAGUGGAGCGGUGGAGUUUUGGAUAUAUGGGAUGAGAUCUCCUUGGCGUAUCUUUCUCUCUUCUGUACGUUCUGUGUGUUUGGAUGGAACAUGGAGAGAGUUGGGUUUGGGAACAUGUACGUUCACAUAGCGACGUUUAUUCUCUUCUGCUUGGCGCCUUUCUUUAUAUUCAACUUGGCUGCGGUUAACAUCGAUAACGAGACGGUUAGGGAGGCGCUUGGUGUAUCAGGGAUCCUGCUUUGUGUGUUUGGUUUGCUCUACGGUGGGUUCUGGAGGAUCCAGAUGAGGAAAAGAUUCAAGCUUCCGAGUUACAAGUUCUGCUUCGGAAACGCUGCGGUUGCUGACUGUACUCUCUGGCUGUUCUGUUGCUGGUGCUCUUUGGCUCAGGAAGUUAGGACUGUGGACUCUUAUGAGAUAGUGGAAGACAAGUUCUGUCAGAGAGCGGCGGCGCAGCAGCAAGAGAAGAGUUUGGUUGUGUCUCCUCUGCCGAGGGAAGACGGUGUGUUUGAUCCUAAGGUUGGUGGUCUAGGGAGCUCGCCGAGGAACGUGAGCGGAGCUAACACUCCGAGCAGGUUUUGGAAAGAGGUGCAUAGUCCGAAUGUACAGACGCCUAGAGAGAAUGGUGAAGUUAAAAGCGAGGUUGUGCUGACUCCGCCUUCUCCUCUGUCUAUACACAGAGAAGCUUGAUUUGAACAACCAAUGGAGUGGAGUCAUGAAUCCACUGGUAGUUCUCUUUGAUUGUUUCAACGUUUGAUGGAAGCAGGUUUUGUCAUUUGAGUUGUGUAAUAUCUCCAUAUCUGUUUCCGGUUUAGAACUUUAUUGUAAUGUAAAUUCGUCAGCUACGGCCAGAUUAUUUCUAUAAGACUUGAGUUUUUAUGCCGAUC